ACCACCCAGCUGAUAGAACAUCUCCCAGUAGGCGCGUGUACAGUACCAGCCCAUAGUCACGGAGAAGACGGUGGAGUCAUUUACUAUAAAGUGUUCAAUUAGUAUAACCAUUACUGUUGCCAUCAUGGAGUUGAGGUGGAUACUGUACAUAUACUCUCUGACGUUUGUUUUUAUCCUGGAAUGGAGUCGAUUGUCAGCAUUCAACCUGGACACUGCGAAUGUCAUCAAAAAGACUGGAGACCCCGGGAGCCUUUUCGGGUUUUCUCUCGCAAUGCACAGGCAGUUGAAGCCGGUUGAUAAGAGAAUGUUGCUUGUUGGAGCACCGACGGCCAAGGCCCUAAAGGGUCAAAUAUCAAAGGUGACUGGAGGGCUAUACAACUGUGACAUCACGUCCUCUUCCUCCUGCAAGAGGUUGGAGUUUGACAAUACAGAGGAUCCUACUAAAGAAAGUAAGGAGAAUCAGUGGAUGGGCGUGACAGUGAACAGUCAAGGACCAGGGGGAAAGAUUGUGACCUGCGCCCAUCGAUACGAACAGCGUCGCUUCGUGAAAACGUCCCUGGAGUCUCGUGACAUCACUGGGCACUGCUACGUGUUGAGUCAGGACCUGACCGUUUCCUCACCCGAAGACAAACAGAGCUGGCGCUUCUGUGAGGGUCGGGGGCGCGGGCAUGAGCUGUAUGGCUACUGUCAGCAGGGCAUGUCUGCCGCUUUCACCAAAGACUACCACUACCUCAUCUUUGGGGCUCCUGGAGUAUACAACUGGAAAGGUAUGGUGCGUAUUGAGCAGAAAAACAAUACUCUAUUUGAGAUGGGUAUCUAUGACGACGGACCCUAUGAGGUGGGGGGUGAGAACAGUCAAAAUCCUGAACAGGUCCCUGUCCCAUCCAGCAGCUACCUGGGUUUCUCUCUGGACUCAGGGAAGAGCCUAACCAAGAAAGGUCAGCUGACCAUUGUUGCUGGGGCACCGAGAGCCUAUCACAGUGGGUCAGUGUUGUUGCUAAAGAUAGAUUUGACUCAGCGCAACAUGCUGGUGCCUGAGUACUUCCUGGAGGGGGAGGGGCUAGCGUCCUCGUUUGGUUACGAUCUCACCGUGGUGGACCUGAACGGAGACGGUUGGGAGGACAUUGUGGUGGGAGCCCCUCAGUACUUUGAGAAGGACGGAGAGGUGGGCGGAGCCGUUUAUGCGUACGUCAACAAGGGAGGAGUUUGGGAUAAGAUAAAGCCUACCAGGAUCGACGGGCCUCGGGAUUCCAUGUUUGGACUGGCUGUAGAAAACAUUGGAGACUUAAACCUAGACGGCUUCCAGGACAUAGCUGUUGGGGCUCCCUACGACAAUGGCGGGAUAGGAAAUGUCUAUAUCUACCAUGGCACUGCUAAGGGGAUCAACACCAAGCCAACACAGAUUCUUGCAGGACAGCCGGAUAUGAAACUGUUUGGCUACUCCCUGGCAGGGAACAUGGACCUCGACUUAAACUCCUACCCAGACCUGGCUGUUGGUUCGCUCUCCGACUCUGUGCUGGUCUACAGGGCUCGACCAGUCAUUAACAUAGAAAAGGUUGUCACAAUCGAGCCAAAGGAGCUUGACCUGACUAAGAAGAACUGUGGUGACAAAAUCUGUCUGAAGGUGACGGCUUGCUUUUCCUACACAGCCAACCCCAAGAACUACAACCCUGGACUAGUGGUGGAGUAUUCCUUUGCAGUGGAGGGUGAGCGGAAGAAGCAAGGUCUUCCUUCUAGAGUCACCUUCUCCACACAGUCUAAUACUGACCCUGGUUAUGAAUCCACCGGACAGCUCAGUCUUGGUGUCCAGGGCAAGGAGGAGUGCAUCAUUCAGAAACUCACUCUGCAGGACAACAUCAAGGACAAGGUGAGGGGAAUCCCGAUUGACGUUUCCGUGAAGAUCCAGAAGACCACACGGAGACGGAGGCAGAGCUCCCUCCCUCAGCUGCCGCCCGUCCUGGACUCCAACGAUCCCGUCACCGCUAAGGUGAAUUUCCUGAAGGAGGGCUGUGGCAGUGAUAAUGUGUGUCAGAGUAACUUAAAGAUGGAGUACCGUUUCUGUUCUAAAGAACACAACAAAGAUGUCUUCAUGCCACUACCUUUUGAGGAUGGAGUUCCAGUGGUCUCCCUUAGUGACCCGAAGGAUAUCGCCCUAGAGAUCACUGUGACCAAUAAGAAUGGAGAUGAUGCCUACGAGGCUGCUCUGAUUGCCUCCUUCCCCCCCUCCCUGUCCUACUCCGCCUCCCGCUCCACUGCUGAGCGUCAGGUGUCCUGCGUGGCCAAUACGAAUGGCUCCCAGACGGACUGUGACCUGGGGAACCCAUUCAAGAAAGACUCUGAGGUGACCUUCUACAUUAUCCUAAGUACAGGAGGCAUCUCUCUCGAUGUCACAGAGCUCGAGAUCGACCUGAAACUGAAAACGACAAGUGAGCAGCAGAAAAUGGAGAUGGUCAAAGCCAAGGCCAAGGUGCAGAUUGAGCUGCUGCUGUCGAUCGCAGGGCAUGCCCAGCCCUCCCAGGUAUCCUUCAGUGGAGAUGUGAAAGGUGAAAGUGACAUGAAGACAGAGAGUGACAUCGGCAGCGCCAUCAGGUUCCAGUUCAAGGUAUCCAACCUAGGGAAGCCUUUGAAAUCUUUUGGCACAGCAUCCCUCAUCAUCCAAUGGCCAAAGGAGACGACUGAUGGGAAGUGGCUCUUGUACCUGAUGAAGGUGGAGUCAUCAGUCCAAAAGUCCACAGGUCAAAUCAACUGCUCUCCGCAGACAGACAUCAACCCCCAAAGAGUCAAAGAGGAGCCAAGCACCACCGUAAGGAAGAGGCGUGCCAUAGAGGACACAAACCAAGAGGGAUCCAUAGCACUGCUGACUGACCAGAGGAAAUACGCAACUCUGUCAUGCGGCAGCGGCGCAAAGUGUGUGGAGCUUCGCUGCCCCCUGCAGGACUUUGACAGUAAUGCACACCUCACUCUCCACUCUCGCCUGUGGAACAGCACCUUCCUGGAGGAUUUUUCCAAGUUAAACUAUUUGGAUUUGCUGGUGAAGGCUACCCUCCAUAUUGAAGGCACGGCCCAGAACAUUGUCCUGAAAAACUCAGAUUCUCAGGUGAGGCUGACGGUGUUCCCAGAGCGCCGUGCGGCCCAGCUGGGAGGCCUGCCUUGGUGGAUCAUCCUGGUGGCCAUCCUGCUGGGCCUGCUCCUGCUGGGCCUGCUGGUCUUCCUGCUCUGGAAGUGUGGUUUCUUCGGGAACAAAAACAAAGAUGAUGUCCCCCCCUCAGACAAAGAGAAACUGACGUCAGAUGCAUAGAGAGAAAAAGAGACAGUCUCAUUCAUGUGGCUUUUUUAAGCAUUCCAAAUACGACCACAGUGUUCCCAGUUACAAUGCCGUGCGGAUCGCGAAGGAGGAGAGGCAUGUAAAACCAGCAAAGAACAAACAUGGCCGCCUGGAGAAGAAGCCAUGGGUGACCAACUGGAAGGAGAACCACAGCUACUCCUGAUGAUCACCAACCCCUGAACCUUCCAAAAGAAUUCCAAUUGAACACACCCCUUUUAUGACUUCCUAGGACUCCUUAUACAGUAUUUGCACAGUUGAAAACAGAAAAAAAAUGAAUGUAAGAAAGCUUGAUUAGAAUAUCUCUCUUUGAGGUUCAAUGCUUUGUAGUUUUAUUUGACGUUGAUAAUAAUCUUCAAUUGGACCACCGGAAGAGUUUGAGAUUCUUUUGCACAACUACUGUCAGUCGGGACUUUGGACAUUGUUUUGGACCUGUGGCCUCAGUUUUUUUAUGGGGGUUUUAAAGUGUUUUUGUAUAUUUUCCUUUUUACUGAAAUGUGUGUAUUUAUUGUUCUUGAUGUAUGAGUGUGCCCUGUUACUCUACUGGCCUAAGAGCCCUUUAAGUAGAUUAUUUUCACAAUGCAUCUUCAUAAUUUUAAGGAUGUUUUGAAUUUGUUAGAUUGAAUGGUUCCACCACCUUCAUAAUCAGCCCCAAGGACAGGGCAGGCUUUAACAGUUUUAAACUCAUUUUAUAGACUUUCAGUCUGGGUGAUCUGCAUAAAAAACUAACAGUUGCCAUCCCACAAUCCAGCUUUUAUUAGUGACUGUCUUGAUACACUCUUGAUCAGGCAGAUCAGCACUGACAGAAUGAAUGUUGUGUUCUUGCUUCCGUUGGUUUUCAUGCUGAGGGGCCGUGUGAGAGCAGAGCUUAGAGGGGCUGCGCAGUGUUAACUCAAUAUCCUUCAAAGACUAUUGAAAACAAGUAUUCUCACCAUUGACAGUUUCCUUUCCCACAGACUAACUCUGGGAAGUAAGAUAGGAUAGACUGAACAAGGCUGGAGAUCCUUUAAACGUAUGGACUCUCAAACAGCCCCCAUGCUGCACUCCGUUUGUAAAUACUGAGGAGAAUAAAGUUGUUUUGAUAUGGGUAUGAAUGAAAUGUUUAAAAUAUGCCACGCUUUCUAAAAUAAAUGUUUUUACAUACCGUU